GGGUUUUUCUCUUUGGUAGCCAUGAACUUUUGCAAAUUCUCAAUGGUAACAAAAGUUUUGCCAUAUUCUCUUAAAUAACAUUAGUUUUUAAAAGUUUCUCUAUGGUAGCAUUGUUCUUGUAAUUAAAACUUAAUUAAAAAAAGACCUUUCCUCUUUGCUGGAAGAAGACCCAUUUGAUCAUUCAGAUGAUUCAUAUGGUGCAGUUUCUCCCACCGCUUAUCUUUGUCUAAUUCAAGCUCUUUGGCAAUGCUGGCCUCUGGCAUGCUUGAAUCAAUCUGUUAAGGGUUCUCAUCGCAAUGGGCUCAUGGGGAAAAAGGUUUAAAGAACUGACGCAAAAAAAAAGUUACUUUAAUUUUACAAUUUGUUAUAAGAAGUCCCCAUUUGAUCAAUAGAUGAUUAAACUUUACUUUUACCAUAAAAAAGUUUUAAAAAUCGAAGCCAUGGUUUAUGGCAAGAAGAGCAAGAAGACGGGUGGAGUUUAAGAGAGGAGUAAUGAAUUUCCUUUUUCUUUUAUUUAAUUAUUUAUAAUUAGGUUAAUUAGCUACUAAUUAUAAAUAUAUUGCUAUAUUAGAGAAACUUUUAAAAACUAAUGUUAUUUAAGAGAAUAUGGCAAAAAUUUUGUUACCAUUGAGAAUUUGCAAAAGUUGAUGGCUACCAAUGAGAAAAACCCAAAAAAAAGAGCGGUCAAACAAAUUAAUGCCUUACCAACUGGUAAUGCAGUAAUACAACUCAAUUCCUAAUACUGCGCAGUCGUUAACAUCCCAAAAAAAAAAAAUUGCUAGAAGGAGAAGCAGCGCCGAUUUGGCCGGAAAAUCACCCUCACCCAGCGUAUAUUAAUAUUAAUGCAGUUAAACAAUGACACCCAGCCUCAUUGAGUCGGACUCCAUUUUAUUGGUGCAGAUUGAAAUGGAGGAAGAACUGCAACUGGUUGAGUUAAACAAUGGAGUCAAAAUUCCAUCCGUUGGUCUCGGCACAUACGAAGCCCCUCCACAUAUUGUUGCUGCUGCCAUUAAGAUUGGAGUUGUUUUGAAGGAGCUGUUUGAAGAUGGCACUAUCAAGCGAGAAGACUUGUUUAUUACCUCCAAACUCUGGAACUUUGAUCAUGAGGCAGAAGAUGUGCCAAAGGCACUAGAAACAACUUUGAGUGACCUUCAACUUGACUACUUGGAUCUAUACCUUAUCCACUUUCCAGUAAAGGAGAAAAAGGGAUUCCGUUACAACAAUCCAGAAAGAUUCAUUCCAACAGACAUACCUAGCACAUGGAAAGCAAUGGAGGCGUUGUAUGAUUCAGGUAAGGUCCGAGCCAUUGGAGUUAGCAAUUUCUCUACAAAGAAACUAGACGAGCUUCUCCAAGUUGCGCGUGUUCCUCCUGCUGUAAACCAAGUUGAAUGUCACCCUAUGUGGCAACAGGAGAAGCUGCAUCAUUUUUGUAGAUCAAAAAACAUACAUCUAUCUGGUUAUUCACCAUUGGGGUCUACAAUUCCUGAAGGAGACAGGAAUAAAAGCCUUCUUGCCAAUCCUAUUCUCAAUAAGCUUGCAGACGAACUAGGCAAAUCUGCGGCCCAGGUAGCUCUUCGUUGGGGACUUCAGAUGGGGCAUAGUGUAUUGCCUAAAACCUCCAACGAAUCGAGGUUGAAGGAAAAUAUGGAUGUUUUUAGUUGGUCUAUACCAGAUAACUUGCUCUGUAAAUUUUCUGAAAUUAAGCAGGAAAAAUUUGAGAAAGCAGUGUAUUUGGUGCACGAGGCAUCUGCUGGGUACAAGACUCUUGAAGAACUAUGGGAUGAGCAAGUCUGAAAUUCUGAAUGUUCAACAUUUGAGAACUUUACAAGUGUAUCAUAUUUUUGACAUUAUUUUAUUUUAUUUUUCACCCGGAAGAUGGUUGCUUAGAAAUUUCUGUAGAGAAAGUUCAUUCCAAUACCACAGCUAUGCAAGUUUUAGUAUAUUACCCAAUUUUUAAGCCUAGAUUGGUACCAAGAACAAAAUUCUUAUAAUAUACAAGUAGUCUUACGUCA